AGAAACGUGGGUGCGAGCGGGAAGGCUCCAGUCAGUCAGGAUCCGGCGCGCACACAGGACGCACAGCCACACGCUCGCUGCACGACACUUGCACCGCUUCCUCACCGCCGCCGCAGAGAGGAAUAUCUUGUCGCAUUCUAAAAAGCUUCCAUUAAUCCAUUCCCCUUCCAUUUCUCAACUCCACUUAUCUGAGAAGCUGCUGGGGUAUUUGCACGAAACCUCAACGCGGUCCCGACACAAGAAAUCUUAAGUCUCCCGUCGACGCUGUGCCAGCCGCGCGGCCGCCGUGCCAGAGCGCGAAUUUUGCUGCCAACCGUAGCAUCAAUAGUUAAAAUAGCCGCACAGACAGCUACUAACACGGCGACUCUUACAACAAACUCGCAACAAUGGAGGAGAAGAAAUACAAUAUUAAUAUUGACAACAGAGAUCUGGAAGAUCAGGAGGAGUGCGAGGCCGUGGAGGUGAGCGACGCCGUUGGAAGACCCCGGCAGAAGUGGGGUCGCCAGAUCGAGUUCAUUCUCUCCUCGCUGAGUUAUGCCGUGGGUUUGGGCAACAUUUGGAGGUUCCCUUACCUUUGCUACAGGAAUGGUGGCGGUGCCUUCCUGAUUCCCUACGGUAUAAUGCUGAUGGUGUGCGGGAUGCCCCUCAUGUUCUUCGAGCUGUGUCUAGGGCAGUUCGGGCGAGAGGGUCCCAUUACAGUGUGGAAGAUCUGCCCGCUCUUCCAGGGUAUCGGUUAUGCAAUGUUCAUGAUCAGUUUCUACAUCGGGUGCUACUACAACGUCGUCCUUGCGUGGGCCAUCUACUACAUCUACUCUUCCUUCACGCACACGCUCCCUUGGACCAGCUGCAAUGACGAGUGGCGGACGGAGUUCUGCAAGGAAUUCAACUCCAGAAAUUGCACAUUAGCUGGCGGGUUGAUGAACGUGACAGGAAAUUGCGUCUUCCCAGAUAUGGUAACAGCUGAUGAGUGGAAUAACCUUAACAAGUCCCUGAGCUACCUUAAAAGUCCCGCUGAUGAGUUCUUCCACAACCACGUGUUAGACAUCACCGAUGGUCUUCACGACAUGGGGGGCUUCCAAGGCAAUAUCGUCAUCGCUCUUCUUGUGGCCUGGAUCAUCGUGUACUUCGUGCUUAUCAAAGGUGUUGAAACAUUUGGAAAGGCCGUCUACUUCACAGCAACCUUCCCUUACCUUAUCCUCAUUGUGCUUCUGGUGAGAGCAGCAACUCUUCCAGGAUAUAUGGAUGGUAUUAGAUUCUACCUGACACCAAACUGGGACAAGAUUCUGAGACCAUCAGUUUGGGGUGAUGCCGCGAUCCAGAUCUUCUUUAGUUUAUCUCCCUGCUGGGGCGGCCUGAUCACCCUUGCAUCAUACAACAGAUUCAACAAUAACUGUUACAGGGAUGCAUUUGUGGUAUCCAUUGGUAACUGCCUCACGAGCUUCUUCGCUGGUUUUGUGAUCUUCGGAAUCAUUGGCUUCAUGGCUCACGAACUAGGCGUGCCCGUAGAAAAGGUUGCUGUGCAGGGAGCGGGCCUGGCGUUCGUGGCUUACCCCGAGGCCGUGGCCCGCCUACCUCUGUCGCCGGUGUGGUCCAUCUUGUUCUUCGCCAUGUUGCUGACUCUGGGUCUUGGCACGCAGUUUACUAUCCUAACCACCAUCAUCACCACCAUUACUGAUGACUUCCCAGCCCUGCGCGGCAAGAACUUCAAGUGGGCCCUCCUGUGUUCCUGCCUCGUGAUGUUUGCUGUAGGGCUCUCCAUGGCCACUAAGGGAGGCAUGUAUGUUCUUCAAAUGAUGGAUUCGUACUCGUCCACCUUCUCUGCACUCAUGGUCGGGAUGGCUGAGGUGAUGGUUGUGACGUGGGUGUAUGGCGUAGACAACUUCCUCAAUGACAUCAAGACAAUGUUGGGGAAAUACCCAUACCCCAUGUUCUUCUGGAAGUAUGUUUGGAAGUUUGGAAUGCCCUUGGUUGUGCUGACAAUCUUGGUGUUUUCUUGGAUUGACUUCACCCCUGCAAAGUACGGUGAUUAUGAAUUCCCUCCCUGGGCCAAUGUGCUCGGGUGGUUUCUGUCCUUCUCCUCCGUGUCACUUAUUCCUGCCGUCGCUAUCUACAAGAUCCUGGGUGAAAAGGGCUCCUUUCUUGAGAGAAUAAAGAAGCUGUGCAAACCCCAGCCAACAUGGGCACCUCCAGCAGAUGUGACUAUAAGGCCAAAUGAUUCUUUUGGUGCCAAACCUCUCUUGAAGGUCACUUCUUUUGAUGAAGACACUGAAAACAAAAUAUAGAAAGCUGCUUCCAACAAGUUUGUUACUACUGCUUUACCUCCUUAGUCUCCAGUUCGGUUUAUUGUGCCAAGUAUCCAGUAUUUGUGGGACGUGACAGUUCUCCCUCUGCAAAGGGAGUGUCUGGAUCAAGCGAGGGGACACCAUUCCACAGCUUCUACCUUACCAGGCUGUGCUAGGUGUCCCCACAACAGGAUGUGUGGUACUGUUACUGAUGUUAGUUUCAUUAUGGGAAGAGUUAUUAAGGGCAUCUUUCCUCACUGACUAAGGAGAUCACCAAAGACUAGACAUAAACUAGUAUUUUGUAAGAGGUCUCUUGGUAUUAGCUUGGAUGUAGUUCUGUGUUGUGUGCUUGAUGCAGGAAAGCUACAAAUUAAUUUAGGUGAUUUCUGUGUUUUGUAUGUUACUGGUAACUGUUGUCUGUUACAAUAAAUGAUAUAAUGUAAAGUUCAGAACUUUCUUUUAUCAAAAAGAUAAUGACAAGGUGUAAAAUGUUUUCACUGUAGAUAACGUUUCAGUUAUUAUUAUAAAAUAGCAUUGAUGAGAAAUAGUUUAUAAAUAUCCAUAGUUCUCACCUCUUUUGAUUAUCUUGGUUAUGCAUUUUGUAACAACAGAGCCUAUGUUUUUUGAAGUGUAAAUCAUCAUACUUUUAUUCUCAGGAUUUUAAAAUGCUGUUAAUCACAUAAGUAAUAACAAAAUGCAUAUCUUUUACUUCAUAUUUUAUAGUUUCAGUAGAGUAGGGGAUUCAAUAAUGUGUAAACAAUAAUAUGUAAAUGUUCUGACCUCAUCAGAGACAAUAAUAGUGUCUUUAAAUUUUGUUAAAUCUUUAUUCAAUAACGGCUUAUGAUACUUAUGAAAUAUAUUGGUUACUGUUAUGCACUAUAAUGUCAUAAAUCCAUGAAUCUGGUCAAAACUACUUUUUUAAUCAUGGCACUAUCAAAAUAGUGACAAAUCAUCCUAUUAUUGAAACUUUACAGAUAUUACACACACACACACACACACACACACACACACACACACACACACACACACACACACACACACACACACACACACACACACACACACACACACACACACACACACACACACGCACAAGCAAAUUUUAUACAUAGAUAUACACAGGAUAUUAAAAUUCAAAAAUUGUGAUUAGCUGAUUGAAUAGUGUAACAUAUAAAUACAUGUUUAUCAUGUAAUUAAAUAAUCAUUUUUUUGUAUUUAUAUUACUGUCACAACCAGUUCUAGAAAGUCAUGAACAUGUAUCCAGAGUGUGCUUUAAAUGUACUAUUUAUAUGAUAUGAUAAUGAAAACUAGGAAGAAGCAGAAACUAAUUGAUGCGAGUGUAAAUAUGGUUGAGGAAAUACAUGAGUAUAUGCUCUUUUCAUAUCUGAUUACUGAUAUUUAGUUCUCAAAGAGUAGUAGUAUUUUUUUCUAUGAUGUUGCCACAAGAGUAUACAGUACAAUUGGUAUUUGUUUAUAUGUUAUUAUCUACCAUAUACCUGUGCACAAUAUCAAAGUAAUUUAAACCAGCUAUAUAGGUCACUGGCAAAUAUUAGGUUUUGUCUGGUGAGGAAAAUAGUUACUACUGAACCUGCAUUAUCAGAUUCUUAAAUUAUAUAGUAUGAAAUUAGAACACACUUCAUGUCUUUUGAACAUACAUUUUUUAUCAACAUUCAAUUUACUAAAUUCAUCUCGUAAAGAAACUUUAUUAGGGGACUUUUAAUUGUAAAGAAAUAAUAAUUAUGUUUACGUUGUAUCCCUUUAUAAAAAGGAUAUUGAAUUUUGUAUAUGUUUUAUGUUUAUGAAAGAAGAAGCUAUGAAUAUCUUUGAAGUUAAGUCAAUGAUGAUUAGAAAUGAGUUAUCAUUAUAAUGGAGCCAGUUCUAAUGCCGUUUUCACUAUCUUCAUAUCAUAUGAAAUGUUAUAGAUAUAAAGUUGUCAAAGGUACUGCCUAUUGUCAUACCUUUAUACCUUUACGUACAUUUAAAGCUGGACGUAUCAAUGAUGGUUAAUGCACACACUAUUAUGAAUGCAUGAGCUGUACAGAUUUCUCAUUACUACAUUUAUUUAAGCUAGUAAUAUUGAUAUAUAUUAGCUUUAUUGUAAUUUAUGUUCAUUAUAUACAUUGUAUUUCAGAAUACUGUUAUGUUAUUUGUUUGUGAUUUAAAUUGAUAAUCCAAGAUUACUUGUAUAUUGCUAUGUAUAUAGAGGCUAAGAUAUUUUCAAAACUAUGGAUGUAACUGACUUCAUUCUGCAUGAAGUUAUCUAUGUACAGAGUGGUAGGCCUAACCAGAUUUAAUUAAUUUGAAAGACUGAUGGAAACAGAGAGAUGCCUAUUUUUCUCAGAAAAAAACAACUUGAUUUCAUAAAUGUACAUUGUGUUUAUAUCUUCUUCCCAUAAAACCAUGACUGUGACAUAAUUCGUGAUAAGCAACCUCAUACUCUAAGGAUUUUAGUGGAUAAAGCUUUAGGUUCAUAUGAUAACAAGAGAAAGGAAUGAAUGUAGAUGAAAAAUAAUGUAGAGAGCUAAAUUCUGUAUAGGUGAGGAAAUGACAGAAACCAUUUUCUAUUUUGAUAUGUAUACACAUUGAGCACAGAAACAUAUACAGAGGUGCUGCUCCUAAAUAUAUGUCGUUUUAAAAGUAAAAAUAAAUAUAUAGGGAGAAGAUGAUGUAAGAUAUAUCACUAAUGUUUUGAACUUCAUGACAAGAAGUGAGUUACUAAUUUAUGUAAAGACAUAACAGUAGAGCUACUUUUCAUUAUAAAUUCGGAAUAAAUAUUUGGCUGCGGUAUGGAGUGAUUGUAGUUUUUUUUUUUUUUUUUUAUCAGAACAUCACAUUGUUAUGAUUCUAUGUACGGAAGACUUUGUAGUGAUUCAAGAUAUUUUUUUUAUAAAUAUAUAAUCCCUAAGUAAAUAAUAAAUGACCAUAAAACUUG